AUGUCUAACCAGGAGCAGUACAGCUCGGAGGAGGAGACGCAAGAAAAUGUCUUCGUAGUCCGAUGUGAUGGUCCCCAAGGUCCUGGGGAGAAAUGCCUCAACUGCGUCACUUUCAAGACUGAGUGUACCUACGGUGAAGUUGCGAAGAAACGAGGACCUCCGAAAGGUUACACUCAAACGUUGGAGAACCGCGUCGCACAACUAGAAGCGUUGUUGCGGAAGCAUUGCCCGAAUCUCAAUCUAGAACGAGAAACUAGUCCACACGACGAUGCAACAAUUACCGCUAGCUCCAGCCCAAGUGAGAGGCCGGAUCAGUCAAGACGCGGCUCCCGCUCUCCAGUCCUGACGGACGAGAUCGAGCCCAGCGAUGAUGAAUACUUACAGAACACGCUAACUGAAGAUCCUCAACGAUUGUCGAUCAAUCCCACCCGUCACCGAUUCCUUGGGAAGGCGAGUGGCAUUGCACUCAUCCAGGCGGCUAUCGACUACAGGUCCAAGGCGAAUGCCGACGCCGUCGCGCACGACUUCGGUGCUUUCCGCCGUGAGCACUUCUGGACUAUCCCGAAGUGGGAAGCCUCGAUGUAUGAGGACGAAUAUCCUGAGUUCGUCUUCCCAGACCCGGAUCUAAUGUGGGCUCUCAUCAACUUGUAUUUUGACUACGUCAAUGCGUUGUCUCCCAUUGUCCAUCGCCCCACAUUCGAGGCCAACGUUCACGAUCGUCUACACUUGCGUAAUCCUAAAUUUGGAGCACUUCUUCUCAUGGUUUGUGCCAUGGGGUCCCGAUUCAGCGACGACCCGCGAAUCUAUGUUGAGGGAACAGACGGACCUCAGUCCGCUGGUUGGAAUUACUUCGAUCAAAUCUACCCGUUGAUCACUCUCUUCGUUCUGGGUUCCUCUGCACCUCAUGCUGUUUGGAGUAUCAUCGGGAUAGGUCUAAGGAUGGCUCAGGACGUGGGCGCCAACAGACGCCAGUUCUAUGGAGAUAAAUUGACGGUGGAGACCGAGUCAUGGAAACGGGCCUUCUGGGUUCUCGUAGCUGCUGAAAGACAUAUUAGUGCUGGUCUCGGUAGACCCUGCACCUUGCAAGAUGAGGAUAUUGAUGUCGAUUGGCCCGCGGAAUGCGACGAUGAGUAUUGGACGAAUGAGGACCCAACCAGGGCAUUCAAACAGCCCCCUGGAAAACCAACAUAUGUCACCUUUUACAAUUACACUUUAAGGUUGGCGAACAUAACAGGCGCUGCCUUGCGAACAAUAUACUCCACGGGAAGGCGCCGUGCUUUCUUCGGGCAGAUAGGCCACGACUGGGAAGAACGCACUGUCGCUGAUAUGGACUCGACGCUAAACCGAUGGUUUCAUGAUAUACCUGAUCACCUACGUUGGAUGCCGAAUGACGGCAAUCCAAUCUUCUUCAGACAAUCUGCUCAACUCCAUUGCGCCUACUACUACAACCAAAUCCUGAUUCACCGGCCGUUUAUAGGCGCCUCGAAAAGGGGCACCCAGCUCGCAAUGUCCUGCAUGGCCAUAUGCACGAAUGCGGCACGGUCCAUUGUAAACAUCGGCGACAUAGUACGAAGACGAGGGGGCAAGCGCGCUGGCAUCUCAUCUGAUCUUGACAGAGGGAUGCAGGAUGUACAUAAGGGGCUUGCAGUUCUUGAUUACUAUGAAAACAGAUGGCACGUCGCUGGCGCGUUCUGGGAUAUGGUAUGGGACCUGGGUAGACUUGGGAACCUUCCAUUACCGCCACCGCGAACGUCGAACAAGCGUGCAAGCGAUUCGGGUGAACGUGUUCCAGGACAUGCGUGUUGUGGUGACCCCCGUAACUUCGGAGUGACGAUCAACUCUCUCUACGGGAGUACCGUCGAUGCCGCUCCGGGAUUCAUCUCGUCCCCCGGCGAGCGUCAAGCGCCUGGGACCUACGAGGAUCCAUUGUCAGGGCUCUCUAGCGGAGGUGUGGCUCCUAGUUCCCAUUUUGGGUCUCAUGCCACGGCCGAAUCGAUGUAUGCUCUUGGUCCGGAAGUCCCGACGCCUAACUUCCCGAGUCGCAUUGCGAGACGAAUGGCCGAAAAAACGCAGACUACUCCAAUUGCCUCGACUUCUGCCUCUUCCAACGACAAUCCCGAUGGGGCCCUGCACUUCCUCCAGGGCGCAAAUCAGGCCAUGCAGAGCAGUCAAUUCUCGGUCGGCGACAUGGCCUUAGCCUUGGAUAUGUUUGAUGAACCUCAAAUGCAUGCGGGUGAAUCCCAAGGCACGUUGGGUAAUCAAGCAUACUUCCACUCCAGCGCCCAAGGUCAAGAACAAACGGCCCAGUCGCAGACAUAUUCGCAGUCUGACGCCUUUGCCGCUCCGUUACCGACCUGGACAUAUCAGGAUACCUUGAACAUCGAUCAGCAGGCGCGUCACCAGCAACCGCAAGCAUUCGACACUAAUGUGCUAGCAAUGUGGUCUACCAUACCGUCGACUAUCGUGCCCGAUGAUUGGAGUGCUUAUAUGAGCAGUAUGAACGAUCUGAUGAAUCAUCCAGCUGAGGGAAGUAGUUACCAGCCUGGUUGGCACGAAAACCAGUACAGCCAGCCGCCUUCGCGUUGAAUCGUAAGGACACCCAUGCUUCCUUGUCCUUCUCUACGACUCAAUCGUAGCUUUGUAAAGCUCCUAACUCCAAAGAAUAAUCGAGG